CUGGAACCGCAUCUGCGGCCCGUUAAUCCGAAGGUCGUGUGUGCUUGUGUAUCUCUCACGUGAGUGAUUAAACGCGUUGGUCACAAAGCCGUGACACGACCCGACAUCCACCAAUUGCUACUUACAUCCUCUCCAUCUCUCCAUGCAAGUCCAGUGAUCUGACCGUAAAGCAUUUCAAACGCGCUCCCUCCCUUGCCCACAACGCGUAGCUUGCUACACGUUCUGCACGCGACGCGAUGCCACCUCCUACGCGUACCGCUGCCGAGGAAGCAGAAUUCAUGAAAUCUCUAAUGUCUGAGAUGGACAUGGACGACUCGUUCUAUAACGUCACUCUCACCCCCGACCCUACCCCAAUAAAACCCAAACUUCAAUCCGACGCGUCCCAAUCCCAACGCAGGUUCGAGUUACCCAACGCCAUCGCUAGCACGUCAAAAACUGUCUUCCCGAGAGCGCUACCCGCCCCAGCACCCGUGACACCUACGAGGAAAUCUAAAUCCGACGCGACGGUCGGGAAGAAAGUCCUGAGCCCGAGAGAGGUGGAUAUGGAGGCGCUUCUCGACGGCGCAGAAGACUGGGACUGGUCAGAUAUGAAUGCAGACUUCAAUUCGCCAGUGAAAAAGAAAGCGGCAGUACCUUUGCCUCCGUCACCUAAGUAUACAUCCCCCACACAUCUUCGUUGCAACGUGUUCGUGGUGUCUGAGCCGGUUGUAGUCAGAGGGAAGCGAGAAAAGGCGCGUUUUCUGGGGUUCUCUGACAUCGUAUUCCAACCGCCAUUUCAGCAUCUUACUGUGGAUAUUGGGGGUGGGCGAGCACAUGUCGCUGUGAUUCUACACGAUGAUUGGGCAGCGACAGAUGUAAGAACAGGCGAUACCGUCAACAUUGUAGGCACGCUGGAUGCCAACAAUCCCCCUAGCUCAAUCGAGGUCACAUCUGCUCGGAACUUCAUCGUAACUCAUCCCGACCUCCUGCUGACGCCGUCAACGCUCGCCAACGCGCUCGAAUGUCGGCGCAAACCCCUACUCUCGACUCUGAUCCGUUCGACAUCAGAUAUUACCCCGGCUUUGGUGUGGGGUAAUAUUCUCCACGAGGUGAUGCAAACCUGCCUCAGCUCAGGACGCUGGGAUGAUUCGUAUGUGGAGACCACGACGGAAGAGGCCGUGCGAGAGAAGAUUGGAGAUAUCGCGAAGAUCGACAUGAGCGUCGAGGAUGCACUGAGAGAGAUCAAAUUCCGAGCAAAGGGCUUGCAUGCGUUUGGAGAGAAGUACAUCUCUGAGAAACCCCAGGGAGUCAUGGUGAACACUCGCAGCAAAGCCGACGAAACACUGCGUCUCGGUAUCCCGCAGCUGCUUGACAUUGAAGAGGACAUUUGGUCUCCCAUGUGGGGACUGAAAGGCAAGAUUGAUGCUAGCGUGCUUGCGGUGGUCGAGCACACCGAGAGCCGAAAUGCUCCGCUGAACAUCUCCGCUGGUCCGACACCACUGGAAAUCAAGACUGGCCGGCCGGUGGCUGGGCUAGAACAUCGUGCUCAGACGAUGCUGUACACGCUUUUGACCGAGGAGCGCUACGGUGCGGAGGUAUCAUCAGGCUUGCUGUUCUACACUCAGAGCGAAGAGGUCGUGCAGGUGACAGCCACUCGGACAGACGUUAGAGGACUCGUUGGAUUGCGGAACGAGAUGGCUUCCUUCAUGUCUCGGAGGCAACUCGGCGCUGACGAGCGCUUCCUUCCGCCCACCAUCGACAACGAGAGGGCGUGCAAGCGGUGCUUCAAUCUCGAUGCUUGCAUGCUCUAUCGUAAGGCCGUAGAGGAUGUUGUCGAUACGACAUCGCCCAUCGCCGACAUCUAUGAACAGAAGGCCGGCCACAUUACCCCGCAUCAGGCCAGCUUUUUCAAGAAGUGGGAGGCUCUGCUGUCUAUGGAGGAACUGGACGCCAUCAGGCUGAAGAAAGAGCUGUGGACUCUGGGAGCAGAAGAACGAGAAGCAAAGGGCCGUUGCUUCAGUUCGAUGCAAAUGGACUCGUCCUAUAAGCCAGAGACUGUCAGGAGCAAGAUCCACAAGUUCACAUACAAGCUCACGUGCGAUGGCACUAAGAGCAAGUCUCUUCUGGAAGGCUAUAUCAAUGUCGGGGACCCCAUCACUGUUUCGGUGGAACCUAAUCUGCUGGCCCUGGCGAGAGGAUAUGUUCUCGAGCUGAACGAGACGUCGGUGGUUGUUGGCGUGGACCACGAGCUGUCGCUCGAGGCUAUAUCUACCCGGCUCACUCGAUUUCGCAAUACCGCAUCUGUCCAAACACCCGUCUUCCGCGUCGACAAGGACGAGCUGUCGAGUGGAAUGGGCCGCAUGCGCGACAAUUUGGCACAUCUCUUCUACUCCGAUGGCGAUGUCCGGCGGCUGCAGUUGAUCGUGGAUCUGCAGACACCCCGCUUCUCCGAGAUCGCGGCAGCGCUUCCAGCGCAUCUGAACAAACACUGGAAGCAUCUCAACGCGAACCAGCAGAUGGCGAUCCAGCGCGUCCUCGCUGCAGACGAUUAUGCGCUCAUUCUGGGGAUGCCGGGAACUGGGAAGACGACGGUGAUUGCCGCAUUGAUCAGGAUACUUGUGGGCAUUGGCAAGACCGUUCUGCUAUCCUCCUACACGCAUUCGGCGGUAGACAACAUUGUGCUCAAACUCAAAGGCAAUGUGGAUUUUGGCAUACUGCGAAUCGGCAACGAGGAUAAGGUGCAUCCAGACGCCAGAGAAUUCACAUUAGCGUCACGGCGGACUCCGACGACAGUGGAACAGCUGGAGCACCAGAUCAUGACACCCCCUGUUGUUGCUACGACAUGUCUUUCAGUCGACCAUGCUCUGUUUUCUCGCCGCAAAUUCGAUUACUGCAUCGUCGAUGAGGCGUCGCAGAUUACACUUCCGACAUGUCUAGGGCCGCUUCGCUUUGCGGAAAAGUUUGUGCUGGUCGGCGACCACCAUCAGCUGCCGCCUCUCGUGAAAAACCCGCAAGCAAGAAAAGGCGGACUGGACGUCUCGCUCUUCCGGCGUCUAUCGGAAGGCCAUCCGGAAGCAGUGAUCAACAUGGCUCACCAGUACCGCAUGAACGAAGACAUCAUGACUGUGUCGAAUCGACUGGUGUACAAGGACCAGCUACAGUGCGGGUCGGAGGAAGUCGCCAAGCGCUCUUUGUCGCUGCCCAAUCGCCACUUUUUGGAUGGGCUGCAUGCUGAAAAGCCGUGUCACAGUCAAGGAUGCUGGCUCGAGCGACUGUUGGACGAAAGUUGCAAAGCGGUUUUUGUCGACACGGAUCUGGUUCCUGCCCACGACUCGCGUGUCGGGGACCUCGUCCAGAAUCCAGUUGAAGCCCAGCUGGUGCAUCAAACGGUCGAAGCGCUCCUGCGCAGCGGGGUUCCAGCAGAAGAGAUCGGACUGAUUUCGGUCUACCGCCAGCAGCUGAAGCUCCUCGGAAGCCUUCUGUCAGACAGAAAAGAACUGGAGUUCUUGACUGCAGACCGGAGUCAGGGCCGAGACAAAGACUGCAUUGUUAUCUCCAUGGUGCGCUCAAACGACACGGGCUACGUCGGCGACCUCAUCAGAGACUGGCGGCGGAUGAAUGUCUCGUUUACACGCGCGCGGUCGAAGUUGAUCAUCUUUGGGUCCCGCAGGACAUUGCAGUCCACCCCCUUGUUGAAAGAGUUCUUCUGUCUCAUGGAGGCGAAGGAGUGGAUCUUGACCUUGCCGGAGAACGCCGCGACUUUCCACACCUGGGCGUUCGGAUCGGUGACGGCCACGAAGCGCACUGCUGAGGUACCGCUGGCGAAGGAGAACCCUUCUUUUGAGCGAUCGCCAAAACGAAUGAAAAUCAAGGAUGCGACGUUGAGGGGCCGCCCUAUUUUGAAGGAUCUGAUGAACGAGGCUGCAGGAUUUGAUUAACCAUAUAAAUAUUUAAUAUCAAUCCGACUGGAGUCCUACAUUCUACUACAUUUUCUCCUUGAACAUCCUCGAAGUUCUUUGUGGUGUAUCAAUGCUCGAAGGAAAC